GAGUAGCCUAAGCACUAAAUAGAUAUAGUCGUUAGCAGGUUAUUGCGACAACGGCACUGUACGCAGAGAGAGGACUUACACUUACACCAAGCCUUUCCUUUUUGCAUAAGUGUAAGCGCCGCUGGGACAUUUCUGUCUGUUCUGCAGUGUCUCUAACAAGCUGUUGCCUGCGGAGCAUGGAGAUGGGACCCGAGGAGGGUGAGUUAGGGGGGGAUAGCGACUCCGUGCCCUACCAGAAAAGAAUGUGGAAGCAAUUUCAGGCGAAAUCCAAACCCUUUAUGAGCAAUAAACUUGCCUCAAGUCGCGGCGAAGGAAAAAAAGAGGGAGGUAGCUGGCUGUUUAAGAAGAAAAAACAGCAUCAGAACGCCCUGGUGCGAACGCUGUCCUCUUCGCAACCCAACCUGCACACUUUAGGAUCACUGCGUGACGGUGAGGAAGACAAGCCCCCCCGUUGCGGCACAACAGACCCGCGCAUCCGCAAGGCACGGGCAGCGAUGCACGGAAACACUGCGGGGGCAGAGAUCGCUAAACAGCCGGUGAUGGCGAAACAGAGUAGCCCAAAGCCCACCGUGUCACAUUUGGUGCAAUCACACCAUAAGAGCUCCUCUCUCGGCUCAGCUUGCCUUGAGACGUUGCGGAAGGACCCCGUGGUCAAAGAUGGGGAGAGACAACAGCUGGAUGACAUGGAAUCGAGUAUCCAUGCCCCAGGGCAGCCCUCUGCGACCCCCGCCCUGCCCUCCUCUGGUUUGUUCCAGCUGGACAUCACGCUCAAGAAGGGCAACAACCUGGCCGUACGGGACAGAGGAGGAACCAGUGAUCCGUAUGUGAAGUUUAAGUUGGCCGGUAAAGAGGUGUACCGUAGCAGAACCAUCCACAAGAACCUCAACCCUGUAUGGGAGGACAGAGUUUGUCUCAUAGUGGAUAGCCUGCAUGAGCCACUUUAUAUCAAAGUGUUUGACUACGACUUUGGUCUUCAUGAUGAUUUCAUGGGCUCAGCCUAUCUUUACCUGGACACUCUGGAACAGAACAGGCCUCUGGAUGUGUCUCUGGACCUGAGGGAUCCCCAUCACCCUCAGCAGGACCUGGGUACUCUGGAGCUGAUGGUCACUCUGGGCCCCAAAGACAAACCCAACAGCGAAUCGACAAUGCUUCUCAGGAGGAGCUGGAAGAGAUCCAGCAAGACUCAGCAGCAGAGUCUCCGUCUGUCAGACCUGCACAGGAAGUCUCAGCUGUGGAGCGGCAUUGUGAGCAUCAGCCUCAUCGAAGGUCGCGACCUCAUUCCCAUGGACCAGAACGGCCUCAGUGACCCUUACGUCAAGUUCCGCCUCGGACACCAGAAGUACAGGAGCAAGACCAUGCCAAAGACACUGUGGCCCCAGUGGAGGGAGCAGUUUGACCUGCACCUAUAUGAGGAGGAGACCUAUCUACUGGAGAUAGCAGUGUGGGACAAGGACACUGGCCGACGAGACGACUUCAUUGGACGGUGUGAUCUGGACCUGUCCACUCUGAGUAAGGAGCGCACUCAUAAGCUAGAGCUCCCCCUAGAGGAGGAGAAGGGUAUGGUGGUGCUGCUGAUCACCCUGACUGCCUCUACUGCCGUGUCCAUCUCAGACCUGUCCGUCAACAUCCUGGACGACCCUCUCGAGAGGCACCAGAUCAACAAGAGAUAUAAUAAUAUGCGCUCCUUUCUGUACAGGGAAAACAAUCUAAAAAACAUCAGUAGAAACCAAACACUUUACGGGAGAGAAAUCGCACACACGUGUGUGAGCCGUGCUUUUGUGUCCGCAGGGAAGAGUGACCCUUUCUGUGUGGUGGAGCUGUGUAAUGACCGGCUGCAGACUCACACCGUCUAUAAGAACCUCAACCCGGAGUGGAACAAGGUCUUCACUUUUAAUGUAAAAGACAUCCAUUCUUUGCUAGAAGUUUCAGUAUAUGAUGAAGACCGCGAUCGCAGUGCAGAUUUCCUGGGCAAAGUGGCCAUUCCUCUGCUGAGUAUCCACAACGGCGAACAGAAGGCCUACGUCCUGAAGAACAAGGAGCUGACAGGGCCAACAAAGGGGGUCAUCUUCCUCGAAAUAGACGUCAUCUUCAACUCCGUGAAGGCCAGUUUGAGGACAGUGGUGCCGGCUGAAAGGAAAUACAUUGAGGAGGAACAAAAAGUCUCCAAGCAGCUGUUGCAGCAGAACUUCAGCCGAGUGAAACGUUGCAUCAUGUUCCUCAUUAGCGUGGGCACCUACAUCAACAGCUGCUUUGAGUGGGAGUCCCCACAGAGAAGCAUCCUCGCCUUUCUGUUAUUUGUGCUGGUGGUCUGGAACUUUGAGAUCUACAUGGUUCCUCUCUCUCUGCUGCUGCUGCUGUCGUGGAACUACUUCCUGUUGGCGUCGGGGAAGAAGAGUUGUGAUGGAGAUGUGGAAGCAGUGGAGGACUUCCUGCAGGACGAGGAGGAGGAGUUUGACAGAGAUGACAAGGACUCAGAGAAGAAGGGCUUCAUGGACAAGCUGUAUGCCAUCCAGGAUGUGUGUGUGAGUGUGCAGUCGGCUCUCGACGAGGUGGCGUCCUACGGCGAACGGAUAAAGAACACCUUCAACUGGACGGUGCCUUUCCUGAGCUGGCUGGCCAUCGCCUCCCUGAGUGUGGCCACGGUCAUCAUCUACUUCAUCCCCCUCAGAUAUGUGGUGCUGGCCUGGGGUGUCAGCAAGUUUACGCGCAAGCUGCGCGACCCCUACAUGAUUGACAACAACGAGCUGUUGGACUUCCUGUCCCGAGUGCCCUCCGACGUGCAAGUGAUUCAGUUUCGAGAGUUAAAGCUGGAUCCAUCACAAAGCCCCAGCAAACGGAAGCGAACCAACCCAGGCUAGACUGCGUUUAAAAAAAAAAAACCCUGAGUGUGGGUUUUUGUUUGUUUCAUUUCUUUUCAAACGUAGAGCACAGCUCAUGUAAAUUCAACUGUACAUACUGUAAAGACUAUAUACAUCUGUAAAAUUGUACACUCUGUAAAAAGUGUCCCAGGCAUAGCACAGGGGAUAGUCUAUAGGAAUGCCUCAGUAGCUUUGAAUAAAAACCUCGUAUCCCUUUUUUCCCUCCCUUUUUGAAUGACCAGUGCCCUUCCAUCUGUACAGCUAAUUCACACAUCCAUGGGGUCACCUUUGUAAUCUUUUUUAUAUUAUUACACCAGAUGUCACACAGACAGUCUUACAUGGAUGAAUAAUUUUUGAAUCUGUACAUCUCACUCCUGACAAAAGAAAAGAACGUGUCACGAAAGUUAUGAAAUUCAAGAUCAAAUUUAAACAGUUGUCGUUACCACUUAUUGUUUACCAUGAGAUAUCAAAAGUACUUGAUGGCAAAGCUAUUUGAUUCAAUUCUCCCUCCCAAGCUUUGUUUUCUGAUUGGUCUUUGCACGUGCUAGGUUUACGCCCUGUUUAAAUACAAGUGUUACUUAAUCUCACAUAUGGAUAGACCAUCCGUAUGGUAAAUAGCUCAAACAAUGCUAUGCCUAUACCCAUUUAGCCAUUUAUUUAUUAUUACCGAUUCUUAUUUGUUGUGAAGCCCAGCAUAUCUUUUGUAUUUAUGCACCAUUGUUAUAAUAAUCUACCAGUUAAACUGUACUGAGGCGUUUUUGCCAUGUGUAUAUAUAAUCGUAGUGGUAGUCUGCAUUUACCGACGAUACUGCAUGCUGCAUGCAGUUUGUUGUGUGCAUGACCCGAAGAAAAAGUUUUCUUCCUCUCCGAAGGAGCGCUGAGAGGGGAGAGACGAGUGAAGGACCUUUGGGUGGAUCGAUCCUCGAG